UAAAUACCUUUCGAGACUAUUUCGAAAAUAUUAGUCGCUCGAUAGCUGUUCAAACCUUAAGUUGUAACAAUCAAUACUAACUGGAGAUGGCGUUCAAAUUCUUUGCUGUGCUUGCUCUUGUUGCGGCGGCCAAUGCAGGCCUUUUGCCAGUUGCUGUGAAGCACAUUGAAUACGCUGAUGCUCCCGCUGAGUACCAUUUUUCGUAUUCCGUUCAUGACGAUCAUACCGGAGACAUCAAAAGCCAGAGCGAGGAACGUCACGGGGAUGAUGUCAAGGGACAAUACACUCUCAUCGAUGCCGACGGUUACCAGCGUACCGUAGACUACACCGCUGACGAACAUAACGGAUUUAACGCUGUCGUACGUCGCGAUCCUCUUGGCCAUAAGGUUGUCAAGGCAGUGGUUCCAGUCGCCAAGGUCAUUGCUCCGGUGACUCACCAUUAUGUUGCUCCAAUUGCCAAGGUUGCUUUGCCGGUUGCCAAGGUCACCAAGGUAGCUUACCCAAGCAACCUUGCCACCGUCAGCUUCUCUGCGCCAAGCUUGAGCUAUCACUAUUAGAACAGUUUAGAUAAAUUGAUUAUGACCAGUAAU